AUGGUUCCGCUGACCUCUUCAAUAUCUGCCACAUGGCACAGCGCUCGCGGCUCCGACUUCAUCAAAAUCAUUUCCCAGAUUCUGGACGCCCGCGUCGGCAACUACAUCUGUAUGUACCGCCCAGACAUGUUGCAGUCUCGCCCGCCUGGCUUGACGCAACUCUCGACAUCGGGGUGCGGGGUGGAGAUGGAGCAUAGCACGCAGCUCGGCACAGACGUGGUCAACACGUCAGGCAGCGGCGAGCCACAUGUUCGAACUCGGAGCACAAACGACGAGAUGGACAGAAAGCCAAGUCCCGGCUCAGUGCAUGCACGGACGUAUGGCGAUGCACUUUCUACUUGUCGACCGCUGCCUCCGUGCUCCGCCGGACAUCAGUAUGGUGAAAUACAGACGCGAUCGAAGCAAUGCAUACAGACGAUUCCUAGGGCUGAGCAGUCUGCACGCAGUCUCCAGUCGCACCCAUCCCAGCUUCCGCCCGGUGGGGAAGGGGGCGGAAGCCGGAGGUGUGGGAAUAGGCUAUCCACAAAGAAGGCCAAGGGCAUGUUGGCGUCCGCGUUGAGGCCUUUUUUGCAGUCGACCUUGAGAACCCGUAGCAGUGGCCACGCGGACACAGAGGCAGCGAGGGAAACGUCAUUGAAAAGCACCAUCGGGAAGAUCGAUAUCUUGAGAGUGGAGUGGAACAUCGUCAUCGUAGUCGUCGGGGGACUCAAGGACAAAGCUUUCUAUGCUGUCUGCUACAGGUGCCAAACUUCCAAAAGCGUGGGACGAGGAAACCCGGAACCUCCACGGGUCUUGGAUCGAGAGCUUCAGGUGACGAAGGGAGGGUGGUCGCGCGACUUCCAAAAACUUGCCGAUGGCUCGAGACCCGUCACAGGAAAAGGAUAUGUGGAGGUCUUCCAGGGCGCAGAACCGUCCAUGAAACGACUGGUAAUCGAGCGCAGAUGUGUUCCUCCCAAGUGGAUCAUUGAUGCGAAAAUCGAAGGUGAUAUCUUGCAGAGUAACCGGGAGCAGGGCGGAAAUGAUGGGGAAAGGGAGCCAAACAUUGAGUCUUCCCAGACGAACGAGACGAGGGAGGAUGGGCCUGUCACGGUCGUAACGGGGGGAAAAGAAUUCCCAACAAAUUGA